AUGGUGCUCGUAAGACCUCACAGGCAUGGAAGUGAAGCGUCGAUUUCUAAAAUUUAUGAAAACUAUGAUGUUGCCAUUAGUCCGAAUGGAAAUAGGAUAGUUGUAUUAAACAUCACAUCUUGUCUAUUAAAAUUAUAUAAAGCGAAUGACCUGUCAAAAGUAUGUAAAGAAAUAAAUUAUGAUAGUAAGCUAAAACUAAACAGCAGGAGUUUAACCGUGUCCAAUGAAUUUACUUUGGCAGAUGGAACUGCUGAAGUAUUAAUUGCAAUGUCUUGUUUUGACGAUAAUGAUAUGAAAUUGAAAGAUAACAAGAGAAGAACUCAUUCUAACGAACUUUCUUCAGCUGAAGAAGCUGACGUCAAUGUGAAUGAUCAAGAUAAAUCAUCUACAUUCAUUUUUUCUACUGCGAGGCAAGUGAAAAUCGACUCUCCGAUUAAUGAUAUGGGAGGAAUAAUCAAAUUUUUGGAUACCAAAGAUGAUGACGAUAAAACCGAAGUAGUUCUUAUAAAUGCGCUCGGAAUUACUAAAGCAUUCAUAAAUCAUGUUGAAGGUGUUAACGAUAAAAAGAGCAGUAUUUUAAGCUUUAUUUGUCCUGCUAAACCAAUUGAGGAGUUUAAUUUUCCAAAAAAAUUUUCAAAGGAAAUUAUACGAUUAUCAGGCAAUGAGACGUGUACCUCUCUUAUCCAACGGAAUUUAGUAAAAGACCGUUUUGUUAUAGAAAGCUAUAAAGAUAAAGUACAAUCCAUUGAAAUGUAUAAUUUAAAAACAACUUCAUUAGAAAAUACCUUCCAAAAACGUGAAGAAAUCGCUGCUUCGGUUGUAGGAAAAGGUGUUCCUUUUUUUGCCAUUUCAAAAAAUGAAACAUUAUUCGCUUAUUGUCGAGGUACCAACAGUAUUACUAUUUAUUUAAUGGAAAAUGGUUUAGAAGUUACCACAAAGAAGUUCAAAGAAAAGAAUGUGAUAAGAAUUCUUUCUUUUGAUUUCAUUCAGGAAGAUAGUAAACUAUUAAUUUUUAUCGAAGAAGAAGGAAAUAAUCCAAAUUAUUCGCCUGUAAUUGUGGUUUGGGGUCUAUUUAGUUGCUCCUAUAAUUGUGUUGAAAGAAUCACUGAUAUAUCCUCAAUAUAUUCCUUUAAAUACGAUUAUUAUCAAAGAUUAAUUGUUUCUGAUAACCUCAUAUUUAUUGAUAAUGAUGGGAACAUUUUUUCGACAAUAGAAAUAUCAGAAAUAAAUAAAUUGAUGAAUCCUGAAAAUAAUAAUACAAGAAAGAUUAUUUCACUUGACAAAUCUCGUGAAAUUGCCAAUACUUCUAAAUCAACCAAUACAGCCAAAUCUCUUCCCUUAUCGGUAGCAGAUAAUCAUUUAGUUUACAAUGUCUCUGGAAAUCGUUUAGACUUUGAGGAUGAAAAUGAUAUAAUUAUCGUUAACGAUCCUGAACCUUGGGUACACAACACGUAUUACUAUCGAACCACGAUAUAUCUUGAUGCUGAGGGUGAAACUCAGUUAAUUAUUGGAGAAUCCACCGUUCAAGUAUGGCUUAAAAGAAAAGGAAUUUCUAAACCUAAAAGAAUUCUACAGUAUAUUUGGACAAAUCCUUUUAAAGAAAUGCAUAGACAAAUGCAAAUUCUAUCUUUGGAAGUUGCUUAUAAGGAAUUCUCUUUGAUAAUAUACAUUCCUUCUGGAGAUUCACCUACUCAACCUGGACAACAAGUUACAAUUGAAUGGCCCGAUAAAGUUAAUGUUCCGGUAGACGCAUGCCAAUCAUUGAAAUUUCUUGAACAACUAAGGAAUAAACCUUCAGGCCCAAAGAAGCAACACAUUUUUGAAAACUUGGUUCAACAAACUGAAAAUAUUAUCAAGAAAUAUUUUGUUAAAAGAUGUGGAUUAUGGAGAAUGUUGGAUAUUCGUUAUGAUCUUAUGUCACAUCUUAUUCACGGUAAUCGUGUUUCUAUUAUCAGAAGUAUUUUAUCUUUUAAAUCUGCAAAUGGCAAGAAUAAAAAUUUACAUAUUCCAAGACUUCAUUCCUGGGAUGGGAGAGUCAAAGAAACUGACCUUGAGAUCGCCAUCAAGCACACGAGGGGAGCUUACCGUAAAGAUACAGUUGUAGUAAAAUAUUUACUAGAUUAUUAUUCAGAUAAUGCCACAAAAACUUCAAAUUGGAUGUUUACAGUAACUAAAGCCAUUCCACUUCUUUAUGAAUAUAAAUUAGCAUAUUAUGUUAAGGAAUUAUUUCAAAAACCUUGUUUUGGCUCUAAUGAAGUUUACUUGGAAAGGUCAAAACUUGAUAUUAAAGACAUAAAUCGUAGUCAACAAAAGAAUAUCCAUGCUUUAAAUAUAAAUACAGGUCUUAUCAAGAGAAAUGAACAUUGUUUCUUAAAACAAAUGAUUUAUCGAGACAAACCUAGUAAGAAAACAAAGAAUUCUAAAAAUAUCAAAAAUAUCGAUCAAGUUUACAUGGUUCCGCUCCCAGAUUUUACUGUAUAUCCUGACGGGAUACAUGAUGAACGAAAAUACUGGGGUUUACCGAUUGCAUCCUUAAAAUACUUGUUUUGGCCGCGUAGUCAUGUAAUAAAACAAGAAGAAAAACUAAGUCCAUUUUUGAGAAUGAUAAGGUAUGAUUAUACUACGGAAAUUUAUGAUAAUCCGUCGAUGGCCGCAGUAAUUGAUUACAAAUGGAGCAAAGCAAAAAAAUAUUUCACCAUGCAAGCAUUGACUCGUCUUGUAUUUGGAGCAUCGUAUGCAAUUUUAUCGAAUUCAAUUCAUGGACUUGGUGAAAUUGAUAGAUCCAAUACUUUUUUCGUCUUUGUGGCUGUAUUUUAUUGGUUAGGAUUUUAUUUAUUGAACACUGAACGAGUUCAAUUACAAUAUGAAGGAUGGAGAAGAUAUUUUAGUGUUUAUAAUUUUUUUGAUUUGUUUUCAAUUUUAUUGCCAUACGCAGCAGCUACGUUACAAGUUUAUUAUUGUUUAUCAGCUUAUUCAAAAGAUGUCGAUAUUAUUGGUAAUUAUUUUAAUAUGGAUGGCAAAUUUUUCACAAUUUUUAAUUCAUUUACGGUUUUAAUAAUGUGGAUUGAAGCUUUCUUGUUAUUGCGAUAUCUUGAAAAAACCGGAGCUUACAUAUACAUUGUCAUGAACAUCGUAAAACAAAUAACAUCUUUCUUGAUAUUUAUAUUGUUGGUCGUCCUCGGAUUUGGUCAUACUAUGUUUGUUUUACUUAGCAAUACAGAUCGAAUCAACGUUAUACCUGACGGUUCCAAUUUCAAAAUCUAUGAUAAUAAUAAAGAACCAACACCGGGGUUAAAUAAUUUGGAAAUAAAUCAAGAAUUUGAUGUGAAUAGUACAUCGGAUAAUUAUUAUACGAAUAUUUUUAAGUCUAUCGAAGCAGUUUACUUUUGGACUAACGGUCGUUGGGAUCAAUUAGAUCAAUGGAAUUUCUGGCCAGUAGAUGUCUUUUCUAUCAUUGCUAGUAUCCUUCUUGUUACAAUUUUGCAAAAUAUGUUGAUUGCAAUUAUGGCUAAAUCUGCAGUACUGAAAUACCGAGCAGAAUUGAUCGAAGAUUAUGAGACACUUAGUAAUCCGAUCGGAAAUAGAAAAGAAGAUCCUCGAUACAUUUAUUUCAUUGGAAAAUCCAAAUAUAUUAAAAAAUGGUUAGAAAAAUCCGAGAAAGAAAUAGAAAGAAAUAAGAUUUUCUUGGGAGAAAUAGAUGGUGGUAAUCCAUGGUCUUAUGAUGAUAGCGAUGAACAAGAACGUUUUCAAAAUUUUCAAAAUUCACAUCAUCAUUCUCGUUCUUAUAAUAUAGUGUUGCAGUAUAUGGAACAAGAAUUUUCUGAAAGGUUGCGUUUUAUAGAAGAUAGUGUUAGACAAUUAUUACAAAAUCAACAAAAUCAACGAAACGUUGAUAUUAAUUAA